AUGAAGCAAUGCAUCUUCUCCUUCUCACUCCUCCUACUUAUUAUGUUUUCUUUUUUGUAUUCUUCCACCACUGAAGCACUAGCACCAAAAGCUUCAGCACCAUCUUCAAAACCAUUAGUCCCCACAACAUUACCUCAAUCACCAGAUUCCUCUGACUCUUCUACCCCUGACGACAUCACCAGAAUCCUCAAGAAGGCGAAAACAUUCACCGUCCUAACUCGCCUCCUGAAAACCACAGAAAUCAUGAACAACAUAAACUCACAACUCAUAACAGCCAAGAGUGGUGGCUUAACCAUCCUUGCACCAGACGAUGCUGCAUUCUCACAACUGAAAGCAGGGUUCCUCAACUCCUUAAACGAAGGCAAAAAAAUCGAACUCUUGCAAUUCCACAUUCUACCCGAGUAUGUUUCGAGCUCAAAUUUCGAUUCUCUGAGCAACCCUGUUCAGACGGUGGCCGGUAAAGACCCCACAAGGCUUCCAUUGAACGUGGAGUCAUAUGGUAACAGUGUCAACAUUUCAACGGGUGUGGUCAAUGCCACUGUCACAGGUGUAGUGUAUUCGGAUAACAAGCUCGCUAUAUACCGUUUGGACAAGGUGCUGCUUCCUCUGGAUUUCUUUGUAACCAAGGCUCCAGCUUUAGCUCCUGUUGAAGCAAAAGCGCCUAAAGCUGAUAAAGAGAACUCUUCUGCAGAAGAUCAGAAUGAGACAAAACAGGAUCAGAGUAACUCUGGAGCAGUGAGUUUGAUUCGAAUUCAUGGAACAACAUUGAUGUCCCUUGGGGUAGCUUUUGUUGCAGUAGCAACGUUGUGGAGUUGA